AUGCACCCAAUUCAAACACCUCCUUAUUAUAAUGGGUUUUCUGCAUCAGGGAGAACAGGCGAUAGUGACCCAAUGAAACAACAAUCUAUGUCAUUAAAGUUAUGUUUUUGUCCAUUGUGUGAUAAACAACAAAUGUUAUUAGAAAGACAACCAUUACAAUGGAUAUUUAUUGCUCGAUUGAUUGUGUAUAGUUUAAAACAUAAAUAUAAUAAAAGAGAUUUCUUUACUUUACAAAGAGACAUCCAACAAUUUAUUAUAGACCAUUGGUAUUUCUUUUCUAACUUAGAACAAUUUAGAGUUUCUCAAGAACAAUGGACAAGUGCAUUGAAUGAACAAUUUAACAAUAAUGAUUUCUUUACUCUAAGUGAUGAUAAACUUGCUGUAAGAUUAAAUAAUGAUGUUCCACCUUGGGAUUAUGAACCUGAGGUUGUUCAAGAAAUAUCUGCAUCAAGCCAUAUAGAUGAUAUAGAAUCAAACCAAAACACAGAACAAAUUCAAGCUGAAUUAAAAGAGAGUUAUUUAAAAACAUUGCAAAUAGCUAAAGUUGCAUAUUUAACAUGUCAAAAAGCUCUUUAUGUUUAUUCUGAUGAUAAUUCAAAAAAUAAUAUAAUUGCUCAAAUGGAAGAGCUACAAAAGGUAAUCAAUGAAACAAAUUACUUAUUAGGAUGUUUUCAAAAAUAACAUUUGCUUUUCUUGUUUCUUUACACAGUAAUUUUAAAACCAUAAUUGAUUUUUUUAG